UGCUGUCUGUGUCUGAUUUUGACAAACCCUUAGAACUUGUUACCCAGCUUCAGCUUGAGAUGCGAUCUCGUGAAUUGAUAUGACAAACAGCUCAUCUUCGAAAAAACAUGAUCAGGAUCAGCCUGAGUCAAGUAGUCCUACCCUGAAAUCUCAGCGAACCAAAAUGCCCAAAUCCGAAGACACCGAUAAGAAGAACUCGGGUAAGAAACUCAAAGAUGUAGAGAUAAGUGUUCCAAUUGUGUAUGGGAACAUAGCAUUCUGGCUUGGCAAGAAGGCUAGUGAGUAUCAAUCACAUAAGUGGACUGUGUAUGUUCGAGGAGCGACCAAUGAGGACCUUGGGGCGAUAGUAAAACGUUGCGUUUUUCAGCUGCAUUCUAGUUUUAAUAACCCCACACGGGUUGUGGAGUCACCGCCUUUUGAGUUGUCUGAGACAGGAUGGGGGGAGUUUGAGAUUGCCAUAACAUUGUAUUUCCACAGUGAUGUUUGCGACAAGCCUUUGAACUUAUAUCAUCACUUGAAAUUGUAUCCUGAGGAUGAAAACAGUUCCAUGACCACUAAGAAGCCUGUUGUUGUGGAACUUUAUGAUGAGAUAGUCUUCCCUGAUCCUUCUGAGGCUUUCUUAUCCCGUGUGCAAGGUCAUCCAGCUGUGAACUUGCCAAGAUUACCUGCUGGGGUCACCUUGCCUCCUCCCAUACCUGUUGAGGAUGCAAGUAAAAGAAGGAAAGGUGAUACCAAAGAUCAUUCCUUAACCCAAUGGUUCACGAAUUUCUCAGAAGCAGAUGAGCUCUUGCAGCUUGCUGCAGCUCGCCAGCAGGUUCAAGCUCACAUUGCUAAACUCAGACGACAGAUAAGCUUGAUAGAUGGACAGCAACAGCAGUUUAAAUCUACUCCUGAGCAGUAGUUGUACAAUUUGGAUGUUUCAUGAUUUAUUUAUUUUGAAAAAAAUAUAGGUAGAAGGCAGUAGAAUGAGUUAAUUAUAUGCUCCUCAACUAAUUUCUUUAGCUGUAUUGUAAUUUAUUUCAUUUUUUUUUGUCUGCGGUGUUGAAAUUGUUUAACUAGUUUGUCUUUGGCCAUAAGCAUAAGCAGCCAAAUAUAAAUGAUUUAAUCAUAAAAGAUUAACAAAUGUAGUCUUUUGUUUUA